AUGAAUCCGGACCUCCUAGAAACCGAUCUGGGUGAGGUCAACGUUCCGCCCUCAUCAGCUAGAUCAAUGAUAGGCGGUGAGGCUGAGGUGACGAUUGAAUUUUCAACGGGAAGAGGGCUGCCAGCUGCCACAGCAGGAGAAGAGAAGAUACGUGAAAUUAGGUUCAUAAAACCAGAUUCGUCAUUAGAAGAUGUAUCUUGGGCAGAUUUAAAUAUACUGGAUUGCGAAGAAAGGUGGCCUGGAAUUUCGGCUCCUGACUCGGCGGCUUCGGGAGGUGCUUCUGUAGUGAAGUAA